AUGCGUCGUAUUUACUUUUUUCAUGGAAUUUGCCUUGUUCUAUUUAGUUUUACUUCGUCUUUUCUCUCUCUCUCUCUCUCUCUCUCUCUUUCUCUCUCGCGUUCUCUCUUUCUCUCUCGCUUUCUCUCUUUAUCUUCUAGCUUGAGAAGACGUGGCCGACAUCUUAUCUCUCGAGGCUCGCACAAGUAUACAGCAUCAAGUAAUAUGUCCCAAGUUGAUCACGAAGGUAAUAUAAUCCCUAAACGCAAACAGAGCGGAUCGUCGACUGUAAUGUGUGAACAUUAUUCGGCGUGGGCCACUUGGUCGCACUGUUCUCGCCGGUGCGAACAAUACAGAACGAGAAACUGCGUAGAACCUCGAUACUGUGGAAAUACUACUAUCAAGGAUAAACGAUUUUGUAAACGAAGGAACAAACAAUGCAGUAUUCUUUCAUUUAAGGUUAUUACUCCUUUACGGCGAGCAAAAGAAGUACAGCAAAUCAUUACGAAUGCCUUCUAUAACAAAUGGACGGCGUGGUCUCCGUGUUCUCGGGAUUGCAAACAGAAACGAAAGCGCCAAUGUCGUUCUCGCUGGAAAAACGUGUGCGGUGAAAGUUACAUCCAACAGACGCGAAAGUGUCGACCUGUUGCGGGAACGUGCGAAAAGAAGUACACACUUUCUGUCUUAGUUGCUGAUGAGCCUGCAGAAACGAAAAAGGGUCCCACUUCUAAUCGGCAUAACAAAGCGAUUACCAAUUGUACGGCAGAAUUGGCAAUGCCAGACAAAUGUGGAACACGACCAUCUGGUUCACAACGCAACUAUCGAAUUGUGGGAGGUUACGAAGUUCGAAGACAUAGCUGGCCAUGGCAGGUGGCCAUUCUGACACGAGCUAAAAAACAAUAUUGCGGUGGGACUCUUAUCUCACCACAAUGGGUUCUAACAGCAGCACAUUGCGUACGAAAACGCGGCCGGAAACGGAAGGUAAUAGUGCGCAUGGGUGAACACGAUCUUCAUUCACGGAGCGGCAACGAGAUCACGCUGGAAUUGGAGAAAGAUUUCCCUCACCCAAAAUUUGAUUUUCACACAAUAUCAAAUGACAUUGCACUUCUGAAACUGAAACGCCCAGUGCGCCGAAGCUUCAACGUUGGAUUCGCUUGUCUACCCACAGAAACGAACGAACUCCACGCAGGAACAAUAUGCAAUAUUAUUGGUUGGGGAAAAGUAGAUGGAUCGCAUCAGGACGGUGCCAAAAUCUUGCGCGAAGCUGAGGUGCCGGUGGUAGACCAGGGAAAAUGUCAGAAAGCAUUCAAAUACAAGAUUACGAACAAUCAGAUCUGCGCGGGCUUUAAAGGUGGUGGUGUUGAUUCGUGUGGGGGCGACAGCGGGGGACCCCUCAUCUGUGCUAAUCAUCCAAAUAGGACAACGCAGUGGGCAAACCGAAACGCUGUCAGUGUUUUAGAUGCAGACUUUUCAUUUUCUCCAUCUUUAUUUAUGCACUAA